GUGAGUGGAAUACUGGAAUGUUGACAUGUGUUGAAGCUGAGGUUCCCGGGUAAACAAGACGACACGUUGUCCUGCUGUUUCAAUAUCAAAGAAAGUAGAAAAACAAGGAGGAAGAGAGUGGAAUAACUGUGAUGAAGAAAGCGCGUGACUGUGUCUAGUUUAAGAAGAGCAAGAAAUAAAAUUCUUGCGGUGGACACAGAGUUUGGAGUGUGAUACUUGUGUUGUUUAGGUGGCUGAGUAAGACUUGUUAUACUGGUGGUUACAACCACCAGCCAGCCACAAUGAAGGACGAACUGGCUGUUUUAGAGUACACGGAUGUCUCCAUCGAGUCCAGAGGCUUAAUGGUACCAGUUCGUUUAAAGCUGAGUGACCAGGGCAUAAGUUACCGCAAUGUGAAGACUGGCAAGGUAGAAAAUUUGAACUCCUCAGAAAUUGAGGUGGUUAAUUGGCAAAGACUUGGUGGAAGCUAUGGAUUACGAAUUUUCACUGAAAGUGGCAACCUGUUUCGGUUCGGAGGCUUCAAAGAUUCUGAGCAGUCAAAGCUAGAGAAAUUUUUCAAAAACACAUAUGGCAAGACUAUGUCAGAAAAGGAGUUUUCUGUGAAAGGUUGGAACUAUGGAGCAGCAAAGUUUGAGGGGGCUGUACUGUCUUUUGAUGUAGGUUCCAUGCCAGCUUUUGAAGUGCCUUUAAACCAUGCAUCUGGCUGUACCACAGGCAAGAAUGAAGUCACAUUAGAAUUUCAUCAGCAUGAUGAUGCAGCCAUAAACUUGAUGGAGAUGAGGUUUCACAUCCCAACAUCAGAAUUAGCUGGUGAUGAUCCAGUGGAAAGUUUUCAGCAGAGGGUUAUGGCUAAAGCAUCGGUUAUUACAGCCACAGGAGAUGCUCUUGCUAUUUUCCGUGAAGUUCAGUGCCUUACACCACGUGGUCGGUAUGACAUCAAAGUAUACCCUAGCUUCAUCCAGCUUCAUGGUAAAACAUUUGAUUUCAAGAUCCCAGUAACAACAGUUUUGCGUCUCUUCCUGCUGCCUCAUCUUGACCAGCGUCAGCACUUCUUUGUGGUGUCCCUGGAUCCACCUAUCAAACAAGGUCAAACUCGCUACCCGUACCUGAUUUUGCUGUUCUCUGGAGAUGAUUCAGACACCCUUGAGCUUCCACUCACAGAAGAGGAACUUCAGGAGAAGUAUGAGGGCCGAUUAGAAAAAGAGAUGAGUGGACCACAAUUUGAAUUGAUAAGUAAAAUGUUUAGAGGAACUUGCAACCGUAAGAUUAUUACUCCUGGAAAUUUUAUGGGACAUUCUGGAACUCCUGCUAUCAGUUGUUCAUACAAGGCAGCUGCUGGCUAUUUAUAUCCACUAGAGCGAGGUCUCAUCUAUGUACAUAAGCCACCUGUUCAUAUUCGAUUUGAUGAAAUCUCUUCAGUGAAUUUUGCUAGAUCUGGCUCUACUACCAGAUCCUUUGAUUUUGAGGUUGAGGUUAAGAAUGGAGUCAUCAAUACCUUCAGCAGCAUUGAGAAGGGGGAGUACAAUCGCUUGUUUGAUUAUGUAAAUCAGAAGAAAUUGAGAAUCAAGAAUAGAGGAAAAAUGGAAAUGGGUGGUCGAAAGGAUGACUUCGCUGAUAGUGAUGCUGAUGAACCUGACCCUUACAUGAGACGAGUACGUGAGGAAGCUAAAGAACGUGAUGACGAUGAUGAGGAAGACUCUAGUGAAGAUGAAGACUUUGCCCCUGGUGAAGAAGGCAGUGAUGUGGCAGAAGAAUAUGACAGUUAUGCUGGUGACAGUUCAGAAUCUGGUGGUGAUUCAGAAGCUGGCUCUGAGGAAGGAGAAAAGAAAAAGAAAGAAAAGAAAGAAAGGGUAUUAUCUUCUCCACAUCUUCGAUUAUUGGAAUGGGAAAAGAAAGCAGCAGAAGCAAAGAGAGACUAUGAAGAGGCAAUGAAAGAGUAUAAGGCUUCAAGCGGAUUUGGUGGAUCUUCACCUUCAAAAUCGAAGUCUAAGAAAUCAGUAGUAUCAGUGUCGCCAACCAAAGCAGGCUCAGGUGGAGGUUUCAAGUCGAAAGAAUUCAUUGAAGAUGACUCCUCAAGUGGUGAUGAAAGUGAUGAAGAUAAACCACUCAAAAAGAAGGUGAAGAAUGAGGAGAGUGAUGAUGAUAAACCACUCAAAAAAGCAAAGAAGGAUGAAAGUGAUGAUGAUAAACCACUCAAAAAGAAGGUAAAGGAAGAAAGUGAUGAUGAUAAACCUCUCAAAAAGCCAAAGAAAUCAGUAAAGGAAGCAGUGAAAGCAAAAGAGGUAAGAUACAUUGGCAUUUUAUUGCUUGUUGUUGACACAUGGUACAAAAAUAUUUUUUCAUUUCCUUUAGUAUUUAUUAUUUCUUCUAUUAGAUCUGUUUCUCUUCUAGAUACUUUGCUUCUGUGGGUUGAUACCUAUGCUUAAGGGAAAAUGGGGAGA